GUCAUGGAACUUAAUCAGAAAGCAGAUAUUUAUGGAUAGAAAUUAAGUGGGAACGGUCCAUUUCUAUGGAAAAAUCGGUAAAGAAAGUUCAUUUAUGAAAGAUCAUGGACUUCCAUUCUUGGGGUUCGGCAAAAAAUUUAAUGAGCGUUGGACUUUAUUGUCUCUUAAAGUCUGAUAAAGAUGAAAUCAGAAAAACCCACAGCGAUUUAUGGCUUUAAUCUGAUGAAAAGAAUCAAAAUCCCCAAACGUCCAACUACUCACGCCGUCCCCUAAAACCCCCAAUUGCGUAGGGCUUUGCCUAUUUCACGAAGCUUUUCCAAACCCCACAUGGCCAUUUCUCUGUUUUUUGAUCGUUGGAGAGCUAUGGCUUCCAUUGCUGCUCUUUCUCUGCUACUCAUCUUUCAAUCUGCUAAGGCCAAUGAUUUCAAUGACCUAUUGUCUCCCCUACUCUCGCCCAUUUUCGAAAAUGUUUGCAAAGAAGUGAACUGUGGAAAAGGAACCUGUAAAGCUUCUGGAAAUGGGACUUUCUCAUUUGAAUGUGAUUGUGAUUCUGGAUGGAAACAGUCUCUUUCUGAUGACGAUGAUGAUGGUAGUCACUUCAAGUUUCUCCCUUGCAUUAUACCCAAAUGUAAUUUGACUCACUCAUGCUCCUCAGCCCCUACACCAGGUGUACAGACCAAACCAAGAACUAACGAAUCGAUAUUCGAUCCUUGUAGUUGGGUCGAUUGUGGAGGCGGUUUGUGCAACAAGACGUCACCGUUGACAUACAAAUGUGAUUGUUUGGAGGGUUAUUAUAAUCUUCUCGACAUCACUGCCUUUCCAUGCUACAAAGAAUGCUCAAUAGGAAUGGAUUGCCAGGAACUGGGAAUACCAGUGACAAAUUCCACUGCUUCUACACCUUCCACUUCAACUACAAAUAACAACAAUGCUGCUAGCGGAUUAUUUCUCAAGCGAGGCUCCCUCUCGACGAUUAGCUCGGUGGUAAUGUAUGGCUCUACGCUGCUGCUUCUGAACAAAUAGACCGGCGUGCCUGGUGCAAAGUGCAUUUGAUUAUAGUUUGAUUAUGUGUAUGGCCUCUAUUUAUGGCUUUUACUAUUGAAUAAGUUUCCCAUUUGAGUUCUGAGAUGAUGGGGCACUGUAUAUAUUUUAUCUCACAGACAUGCUUACACAGCACAUAGAAGGUAUAUUUUUUGGUAUUUGGCUAA